UGUAUGUGGCAAGGCUGCCGCGGGAGGGACCAGCUGACGCUGUAAACACAACACUCCGGGCCUCCCUCUACCACACUCUGGGCUGGACGUGGUGUAGUGUGGUGGGUCUCUACCUCUAACACACUCUGGGCCUCUACCACCACCACAACCCAACACACGUGUCAUACUCAUCAUUCUCAAGACUGACGGGUCUCCCAACCUUGUACUGGUGGAGUCAUCACCAGGAUAAACUCAUCAUACACGCUGUACUUACCAUCAAGAACACCAGAAGAAGUUAUCAUUUGACCAAUAUUAACUUUGCCGUAUAAUUCAAUAAAGAAUACUAGGCACAAUGUUGAGACGACCUCGUGCAGAUGAAUCGGACGAUGACCUCUUGCGCCAAGAGGAGGAGUUGAUGUCCCGUGGUACUUUUCAACCAGCUGCUACACUUGUCAAGCCUAACAAACGAAAAACAAAUGACUUGGCCUCUGAAAGGCUGUCGGAUAAUGAGUUGCCCUCCACACGCAGGUCCAAGUUUGCCCAAGACCGUGCUGCUAAGAAAAAGAAGGCGAGCAUUGUUGAUAAUACUGUACUGACAGAAGCUACUUUGCCUGAGAAGAAGGUCACGGUUCUUGGCCGGAUCAUCGAGCGUGCAGUACCACCUGACCAUAGUCUCCUAGAAUGGCACCCUACAUUAAGUCCCCAUGGCUUUCCUAAGGUCCAGAGACUGCAUAAUUUGAAUAGCACAAGUAAUUGUGCUCCCGGAACAAAGAAGAAAUCACUAUACAUGCAGCAGUUAGAAAGACAAGGCCAGUCAGAGAGGAAAGUGAAAGGUUCCCAUAGUGAUACUCUCAGCAGUACGAGUCUGCUACCUGCAGGCGGCACCCUGCCAGAUUCUGCGCUCUCAGCCUUGGGCAGUCGGAGUUAUGUCCUCACUGGAGAUGGAGUUCUCCAAAACAAAUCUGAAGUAGACGACAUACAUAAACAAAAUAUUGAUAGGAUUGCAAGCAUGAGCCAUGAAGAUCGAAUAAAAGAACAGCAAGAACUCCUUUCCCACUUAAGCCAAGAGAAGAUUGCCUUCCUUCGAUCUCUCCGCAUUAAAAGGGAAAAUGCAGAAAAGACUGGAGAAAAUGGUACAGCAUCGUUAUAUCAGUCAAGCACACUAGAGCACAAUGAAAAUGUGAAGUCCAUAAUAAUGGAAAGUGAAGACUCCAAAACUAGAGUACAAGAUGAUGAUUUGGCUGACUCUUCCACCUCUCUACCCUGCAGGCAGCCCUCAUGUGAAGAAUCAAGCACCAGUGAUGAGACUCGUAAGGUUAAGUUUUCUGAUGAUGUUGACAUGAAGGAAAUAAGCAGUGAUGAUGAAACCAUUCCAGAGUCUGAGUUACCAAUCCCUCCAUCAGAAGCCCGCAAAUGGCUCCACAUGGACAAGGUUGACAUGGAGAAGCUGAAAUGGAUGACAAGUAUGCCCAAGCCAAGACCCCUAAAGGACAAAGAGGGUUUUAUUGCAAGGUUCAACUUUGAGGGUGACAUCUUGCCUUAUGAUGCAGAUAUAUCCUAUAGAGAAGGGUUGCAUCAUCAUGGAGAGGAGCCAGGUCGAGCCGGCUACACUCUUGAUGAACUUUUCACACUCAUACGUUCGCAAGUGCUGCAGCAGCGUCACGUUGGCUUACGUACUUUGGCUAACAUCCUCAGGAAUGCCAAGGAAGGCCUUUAUGAUACAUGUGUCAGCCCCCCUGUAUUACAGCUAGCAGUAGAAGCUGGAGCUGUUCUGCUCCUGAGAUUUGCUCUAGAUGACUCUUCACACCUUGUGUACAGUGAAGCUGUUCGAGGAUUGUUCUACCUGAUAGCCAGUGAACCUGAUGAACAGUGCUUGGCCUUGGCACAACCCUGGGUUCCUGCUGGGCUGGAGCCAGGAAUAGCCAGUGAUAUUCAUGCCAGUGAGAAGGCACGGCUAGAAUUGGACCAAGAGGAACAAGAGUUAAAAGACUACGAAAUAGUUAAGUUGGAUGUGAUUCGAGCAUUGGUUAGAAUGGAUACACACAUCAGGCUCAGGUACAUGUUGGAGACCAUCAAGCCAGGUCCCGAGGCAGUAAUAAACAUCUUGGGAAUCUUAACUCGCAUGAUCCGUCACUCUCUUACUGCUGCCUGGACACUGGCUCGGACACCCCGCCUCAUCUCUGUUAUUGUGGACAGUUUCCUUCCACACAAUGUGUCUCCUCUGCUGACAGGCGAGAGCGUGGACUCAAUGUCCUGUGUGUAUGGCAUACCUCUGAGGCAUGCGCUCUAUCUGUUAAAGAUCUUGGCAGCCAAGGGUCGGCAGCUGGCAGCCAUAUUGGUCAACACUUACGAUAUUAUGAGUCGAAUCUUGACAUACGUAUCCCUCGAGCCAAGUGAAGUCAGUAUACCUCUCAAGGAAGCAUUAACCCUCAGCCAGGAAGCAUAUGCCUUGUGGGGUGUGCUUUUAAGCUAUGGUCUCUCAAAACCCCAAGAAGCCAUUACAAGCUUCUACCCAAUGUUAGUUAAACAACUUUUGUUUUAUAGGGAUAAGGUGUCAGUCAAUGAAGAGACGGCCAAAAACAAAUUUAACUAUGAUGUAGGAACGCAUAUGAUAACCGUUAUGAUGCGUGCUGUAAAUGUAGCUGCUACACAUUCUCUUCUUGUAAAUAGAAUGAAGUUAAAUCAGGGCACAGUGAUUGGUGAUAAUGGCAAGGCAGAGGUGCUAGUGCCACCAGAACUGACAUGGAAUGACCUCCAAGACCUACCUCAGUUAGUGGAGACAUGUUUCACAAAAUGGUUAAUUCAACUAGUACGAAGCAAUGAGACCACAUUCUCGGCUCUUAGACUUAUGGGUAGCUGUUGUAAUUUCUUGGAAGCUUACUAUGUUAAAUGGAAAGAUCAGGCUUCAUACAGUAGUGAGGUCUACAACAUCAGGAUUAAGUAUCUUUAUAGCAACAUAAUCUUGCCUGCACUGAACUCUCCAACUUUUAAAAGGUUGAUCAAUGCCCUUCCAAGUCAUUCCUCACUCAUUAGCGACUCUGUUCCAGGUAAUGAACGUGACCCAAACAAUUUGGGUUCAUUGGGUUGUGUGACCUUUGGCGGUGAAGUUGUUCGUGUUGUGCAGCCGUCUUCUCCUUACCCUUUGCUGUUGCCACUAACGAACCUCGUGUUGUCACUCCACACACUUCACCCAGCACUUGAGAGUCGAUCAACAUGUGCCAUUUUAGACUCUGAUGAAAUGUUAACAUAUUUAAAGAAAGUUUGUUGUUCUACUCAGCGAUUGUCUUCACAGUGGCUUACUCGAAUUGAGACGCAUUUCAUAUGCAACGUAUUACAGCUCGCAGCUUUGAUAGGAUGUAAUAGAAGAAAGUUGUACCAUGAAACUGCGAUGUGCAUGAUGUCCUGUAUUCACAAGGGAGAUGAACACUUAAUUAAAAAACUCUUGAUGCAUGUAAUCUGUACUCCAGAGUUUACAUCGGAUCUAGUUGAGAUGAGUACCUAUGUGGAGAACUUGGCUCUCAAUGAUUAUGAGCCUCUAACGUCUCCUGCUAUAGCACAGCCAGUUCUCUCUCCACUUCAUUUGACAGAAAAUAUCUGUAAGGCUCUAAAGUCAAUGGGAAGUGAACUUAUAAAAAGUUUGGUCAGUAAAAGAGAAUAUGACUCCAGUAUAGUACUAAAACAUGGCAUUCCAUUCAUUAUAAAUGGCAUAACAAUAAGUCAGACUGAAUUUCCACUUGUUCUUGACAAUUACUGGCCUCUGUAUCCCAUCAAACAUGUCUUCAAAAUAUCCCAGCAUCCCCCCCAACCUCAGCAGGUAAAAACAAAACAAGAACACACGAGUGAUCAGUCUUCACCUGAGGAUCUUUUAACAGUCACGAGGUGCUUACAAAUGGCAUACCUUGUCCUUAAGCACCGUAGAAACACCACAUUGUACACAACCACAAAUAGCACCUGGAUGUACCACUUAUCGUUAGUGUAUUUGGUUGCCAGCGACAUGUUUCUGGAUGCUUGCAUUAGCUCAAACCUUCAGGGGUGUGUUGUUGAACUGCUCCGUGAUGGGGGCUAUGCAAACUUAGACUAUAACAGGAAAAUUGAGGGUUUUAACUCUUGUAUUGAUUGGUACAGGAAUAUGCUGGAGCAGUUUACCAGUGUAUCUUACGGUGAUUCCACAUUUGCUCUGUUCCUUCUCAUUCCAAUGCAGCAGUAUUGGCCUGUGGACUUCCGUCAGUUAGUGUGGAGUGACAUGUCUGAUGCACUGCAGUUCUUUCGCCUCACUCCAGAACAAGUUGAACAGUUUAUCCCCAUUUGUCAGUUUGUGGAACCAGCCGAGGAAGAUGAAGGAAUGAUCAUCAAGUACAGGUCAGGCAUUGGUUGUGGGGCUGUGACUGCAGCACGAAAUCCAUUUUUGUACAGAGUAGCAUCACAUCAUUGCCAUCUGUACCUUACAAGAGAAGCUAAUAUGCAGAGGCCCGCGACAUAAACACACAAUCGUUAAGUAUAGUUUUUACUAGACAAGUGUAAAUUCGAGUGUGUAAAUUAUUCCUACCGACUGCCUAUGUUGGUAGGAAUAAUGCAAGGUUGACACUGUAAAUAGUGUUUAUUACUACACAAAAAAUGUACUUUUCAUAAUCUCUUUAUGUUCAAGUAUGAUUAUCUGAAUAUCUUGUAAAAAGGAAAUAAAACAUUAAACAAAGAA